UCAGGUGUGUCGGCCCAGUCCUUCCUGCACUGCUUCACCCUGACGAGCUCCGCCUUCAACCUCCAAGUGGCGACGCCCGGGGGGAAGCCAAUUGAUUUUGUGGAUGUGAGCGAGAGCAACAUGCGCUGGAUCCAGGACUUCCGGAUGAAGUCGUAUGCCAACCCCGCCAAGUUGGAGUCCAUUGAUGGCGCUCGAUACCACGCGUUGCUGAUUCCGAACUGCCCCGGGGCUAUGACUGACCUUGCCAGCAGCGGGUACCUGGCGAAGAUACUGCAGCACUUCAGCACUGAGAAUAAGCCCAUCUGUGCCGUUGGACACGGAGUCGCAGCGCUGUGUUGUGCCACGAAUGAGGAUAAAUCCUGGGUGUUUCAGGGAUACAGCCUGACCGGGCCCUCUGUGUACGAACUAGUAAGGCAGCCGAAUUUUGCCAGCUUAUCCAUUAUUGUGGAAGAUUUCGUGAAAGAUGCUGGAGCUACGUUUAGUGCCAGCAGUCCAGAUGCUGUACAUGUCGUGCUGGACAGGCACCUGGUGACAGGACAGAAUGAGAAUUCCACUCUUCCGGCAGUCCAGAAUCUUCUUAUUCUUUGCAGUGUCAGCGGGAAAUGAAGGAGCGGGUCUCUUUUGAAAAUAGGAUGGAUGAAGAGCCAGCAGGUUAAGGAUUUUCUUGUCUGUUAACUGGACCAAGCAGCUCUCUCAAUUUCUGUCCUGGACUGUGAAGUGACUGUGACAGUGAAGUGGCGAUGUCGGGUUUUG